GGUCGCCAGUAGCGGCCCGCCUCAGUCGAGUCCCACAGUCUGGUCCGACACCCCGUCCUCUCCUCCCCACCUCGCGAGAUGCUGCUGUCACUGGACGCGCUGCGGGCCUUGUCGCUGCUCGUGCUGCUGGGCCACGCCGCCCUGCUGCCAGGUGUCUCCACAAGGCGCACUGGCCAGAGCGCCGCGGAAAUUAACGCCGCGAAUGAUGCCGCUCAACACGAGGCGGUCCUCCGCCCGAUCCGCGAGGACUGGAGGGCGUUCUUGAGGUGCUCGGACAACAACAGGUGCGACUAUCGGACGGGUCUCUGCCCUCAACCCGAUGACAAAUGCGUCGAGAUGGCCAGGCACCAGUGCAGGUGCGGCUGCCUCGGCUACCCGGGGGUCACCAUGAACUCCGAGGUCUGGGACGAGUGCUGGGAGGCCUGCGAGCACAAGAUCGACAGAGCGUGCGAGGGCACGACGUUGUGCCACUGGGACGACUGGGACUGCAUGCACCUGUGCCCGGCGAGGUGCCGGUGCGAGUGCGCGCAAAAGGACAGGAACCGGACGACCAGCGCGCCGGCGGCGACCGGGUCCGGAGACAGCGGCACGAGCCCGCCCGAGGCGCUCCGGCUCAGUGCCGGCUCCUCUAGAGCCGCGCUCAGCACCACCGUCACGCUCGCGGCCCUCACGACCGUCACGAGACUGUUCAGCACACGGGGACGUAGUCUGUGACUAUGUGACGGCGUGACUAUGUGACGAUGUGACUGUUUGGCGGCGUGACUGUGUGACGGUGUGACUGUUUGAUGUUGUGACCGUUUAGCUGUGUGACAGUUUGACGGUGUGACUAUUUGACGGUGUGACUGUUUGUCGGUGUGAUGUAGAGAUGGGCGAACAUGUUCGCAUUCGAUCGAACUCGAACGAACAUCGAGCUGUUCGUGAUCGCUCGAACACGAACAUGAGGUGUUCGGAUUCGAAAUGUUCGGACACUACUCGAACAGAAGUUCGUACGCGAACAAAAUUGAAAUAUGUUUCAGAAAUUCACCUCAAAUGUGGGUAUAAUUGAGAGGGCAGUAGCAGUUUAAUAAAUAACUACAAGUUCACGCGUUAAUGAGACUAUUGUAAACCAGAAUGGAUAGCUUUUAUUACGCGUAAGCAAGAAAAAUUGGUAAUAAUUGUUCGUGUUCGGAUCGAAUUUGAACAUUAGAUUGUUCGGUUCGGUUCGUUCGAAGAAAAAAGUGCUUGUUCGUGUUCGUGUUCGUUCGAAGAUUUUUUGGACCAAAUUUGUUCGAGUUCGUUCAAAUUCGAACUGGCCUGUUCGCCCAUCUCUAGUGUGAUGGUGUGAAGAUGUGUCUAUGUGACGGUGUGACGGUGUGACGGUGUGACUGUGUGGCGGUGUGAGUGUACCAGAUAAGCAGACGCGCGGUGGAGUCGCGGCCGUGGGCACCAGAUUACUUUGUCGCUAUCGCGGGUCCAGCCGUCGCAGAACCACCAGAGCGUCGCGCUGGAGCGCGUGUCGCCGCGGCGGCCGAGAACUGCACAUGCUUCCGUGUAACAAUCUAUAUAACCGAGUAAAUAUUUGUCAAAAAAUGAAACAA